CACCCAAACCUCGAAUUAUUACUCAUUGAGCGCUUUCUGAACAUGGCCACUCUUCAUGUUCUUGUUGUCGGUGCCACAGGCAAGCAAGGCCACGCAACCAUCGCAGCACUAGAAGCAUCAGCCCGACAGACACCGCCAGUACGAAUUCUUGCGCUUACACGAUCUUCAAAGUCAAUUCAGGCACAGAAUCUCAUAUCAGAGUUUCCUGAAAUAGAUAUCGUAGAAGGGAAUGUGUCGCAACCGGAGCCCAUAUUUGACGCGUACCCAAACAUCACAUCCAUAUUCUUGGUUACUGUCCCGCCCAAUGACGAACAGCAAGCACUACCAAUGAUCAACGCAGCAAUAUCACGCAACAUACCUCAUAUUGUAUUUGGCAGCGUCGACCGAGGCGGCGAUACAUUGAGUUGGACGAACGAAACAACAGUUCCACAUUUUGCGGCGAAGCACAGAAUCGAGCUACAUCUUCGGGCAGCGACGAAAGGAACGCGAACGAAUUGGACAAUUCUGAGACCGGCGGGGUUCAUGGAUAAUUACACUCCGGGGUUCUUUGGCAAGAUGAUGGCAGGAUUGUGGGCGACAAUGCCACCAGAUAGGAAGAUGCAACUCGUUAGUGUGAAAGAUAUCGGUGUUGUGGCAGCAAAGGCAUUGUUAGAUGUGAAUGGCUGGAAAGAAAAAUCAAUAGGCAUAGCCGGUGAUGAGUUGACUUUUGGAGAGGCCGAUGCUAUAUUUCACAACAUUCUGGGUUACAGUAUGCCCCGAAUUUGGAGUAUGCCCAGUCAUGCGCUGAGGUGGGGAGUAGAAGAUGCUAGAAGUAGUAUGGACUGGUUUGAGAAAGUCGGAUUUGGUGUAGACAUACAGGCACUUAGGGAGCAAGGUUUCGAGACUCAAAAUUUCGAACAGUGGUUAAGAUCAUCCGGACAUAUUAGUCCUCAGACCACAUAA